AACUCAGCUGGUGAUAAUUUAUCUUCUGAAUACAUUGGGUUCGCAACGUUGUUUUCUGUCCUGAUAAUGACGGACCUUAUCGGCAACACCCUGGUAAUCUUAGUCAUAACGACUAACACGAACAUGCGAACAUCCAUGAAUUAUGUGUUGGUCAACUUGGCUAUCGCUGACAUAUUGGUGGCCAUUUUUAUGGGUGUCAAGUUUGUGAUUACUCCAACAUUUGUGCAUCCAUAUGGAAUAACAGGUCAGUAUCUCUGUAAAUUCAUCACUGGUGGAACAACAGCUUGGACGGCAGCAGUGGCCUCGAUUUAUAGCCUGGUAGGCAUUUCAAUAGAAGCUCACCAAGUGGCUUUUCAUCCUCGUAAAAGGCGUGUUGGCCCAGGAAGGAGCCUUUACAAGACACUUGUUCUAAUCUGGCUUGUAGCACUUUUGUGGGGACUUCCGUUGUACCUGUCAGUCACAUAUGUGGAAAACCUGGGGACAUGCGCGGAGCAGUGGCCACACCCCGUAUUUCCAAAAAUUUACAGCUUUGGUUGGAUUAUUGUAGCCGGAGUUUUCCCAAUUGCAACGAUGAGCAUCUUGUAUUUUAAGGUAACAUAAAGUUUUUGCGAAGCUAAAAUUUACUUAAAAUAAUGUAAUUGUAACCUCUGACAUAAAAUAACAAAUAGAGAAAACUAAGCCUUUUUUAUGUUUGUGUAAGCGAGACAUUUCACGCCGCUCUUCAUGUACGGUGAAAUGGACAUAAGGGAUUACGUAUUUUGAUGGUACGUGACCUUCAAAAUCCUUCGCAUCGAUAGAUUGGCCAGUGAGAUUUCCUUACCAAGAGGUAUCCGCCGCUGGAGGCGUGCAAGCUGCUUUGCUUAUUAGUAAUGAUGUUUUCCAUUUAGUCUUAAAGGUAAAGUUAAAGUUAAAGCCUUGGGCUUAUGUACCCCUCACAACCCACCCUAUGUUUUCAGUGAUAUCAGCUACUAAUGACAAACAGGGGACUAUGAAAUGGAUUUACCGAGCUUCAAAGGCGACGUCAAACGCGCGAUACAGACCACCUUUGCACGCCCUUGUACAUCUUUGACGCGCGACAAAUACCUGUCUUUGACGCCUUUAACCCUAACCUUUGACACGCGUCAAAGGUGUUAUUUGAUUAGCCUUUGUGCGCUUAUCAAAGGUGUCGUCAAAUAUGUCGGAGAUUCGAGUCAAAGGUUUGACAAAGGUGCGGUAAAGUAGUGUCUUAGAUUCAAGUCAAAGGCUUGCUAAAAGUGUCGUCAAAUGUAUCCACUUGAGGAUCAGGUCAAAGGUUUGACAAUGGUGUGGUCUAAUAUAUCUAAUAUUCAAAGGUGUUGCCAAGUAUGUCUGGGUUUUAAGCCACAGGCGUGAUAAAGGAGUAGUCAAGUAUACGUUAUAUUCAGUGAAAUGUCUUACGAAGGUAUUGUCAAAUACCCUCGUGGGUGGAUUCACUUUCCACAUGUGUGUAUAGCCCUCGCAUUUUUCCCGUUAAAGUUAUUUCAUUGUUUUAAGCUUAAAACCAACAAGAAGUCAAACGAGCAAAAACGACGGCUAAACAUCUAAGUGGGAAGUGAAUCCAGCCUGAGAUUCCAGUCAAAUUCAAUUGCGACCUGGACCUUGUUACUUUUAGCUGUGAAAUAAUUUUAAAAGAAUAUAUAAAUUUGAGAUGAAUAAUUCAGUCAUUGCGUUUUUUUCGGCCCCACUCCCUUUUUACUAUCGCCCCUUUUCAGCAGUGAAAAAUUCCUCCUUUUUCUCUACUUUUGUCAAAGCUUAAAGACACAGGUAAAACGUUAAAAUUCAAAUGUGAAGCGAACCUAACUGAUACAUACAAAAUUUUUCUUGUAUAGCUAUGUUUUCGGAAAGUCAUUCUUUCAGUUACACUCAUGUCAUAUGAAGUCUUUAUAAUACUAUCAUAUUAUAAAGUGAUGUACGUCAAGCAAAUGUGAAAAUGUUUAGAUUGUUAGAAAUAGCCAAAAGUAGCAAAAAGCAGUUCAGAAAUGCUCAUAGAAUGGUAAAUGCUGCUAGAAUCAUCACUAAUACAAUUUAAAAAAGCAUCAGAGCAUGUACUACAACUAGUUCAGCCAUUUUGAUUUUUGACAGAAAGGAAACUGGAAAGAAAAAACAGUGAGCCCGACUCCUUAACCACAGGCUACCCGAAAACGACACUGAUUUCUUGAUAUGUCGGUUGUAAUACUUGCUUAUAUGAAGCAAUAAUUCUGCAGCAUCACCAAAUCCAGAGUUUAAAAGGGAGCAAGGGAAGAAUGGUUGCAGCCCCUGGGAUUUUAUUAACAGCCCUCUGAAUGAUGAAAUAGCUAAGAAUUGUUUUGUUUCAUUUGUGCUGCAUGCAAUUUCUUUCUUCAGACAAGAGCUUGCAGGAAUUUGUUUUUCCAAGUCACCCCCUCCUCUCACCCAUCUAAAAAGUUAAACGGUUGUCCCCUUACCUAGGUCAAAAGAGUAAGCAACUCGGAGGUUACUUAUUUAGCGGCAUCUUUGACGCGCAUCAAAGGUGAAGUCAAAACCGAUAUCAUACUUUACUUUACUUCUGACAGGCUUUAAAGGUGCAGUAAAUCCAAUUUUUCGUCCCGUGCAAGUAGCCAUUAUAGUACAGCUAUGUAAAAUAAGUAAAGCCAUCUCGACAAUUACAUGUUAGAAUGUUAUUUGAACGUAUCACUCUAAAUAAAUAUCACCACUCUACAGAACGAAUUGCCAUAAAUAUUUAUAUAUUGACUUAUAUAUUAUUUUUUAACUUUUUUAGGUUGUGCGUCGCCUGUGGUUUAAAGAAAACCCGGAUUGCAGUCAAUCUCAAAUGGCUUUUCUUCGUUCUAAGAAGAGGAUCACGGCAAUGGUUAUUCUUGUCAGCAUUAUCUAUGUGAUUUGCUGGGUUCCAACUUUGAUGAUCUAUUUCUUGGUUAGUGUUCUGCCGUCUGAAUCAAUGUAUUCAGUACUCCACAAGACCACUAUAGCUCUGGCAACUUUUAAUUCCUCCGUCAAUCCUAUCGUGUACAGCUUACGAAGCCAUCAGUUUCGAAAAAGUCUUUACAAAUUGAUUUGGUGCUACAAAGAGAGGCGUCAAAAUAUUCAGGUAGUGCCUUUACGAUAA